AUGCCUCAGUCGCUAGGAGAGCUGAGACACAGACACAAAGACUUGGCUGUGUUACCACAGGGACCUUAUGGCGGGGCAAAACCGGUUGUUGCUCGUGUCUUGAGGCAAGCGCACGGAUUUCGAACACCCUUCAACCCAACUCUUUCUUCCGAUAGUUCCGGCCAGCCGGCUUCGUCACGGCUCGAGAUGGGUGCCAUUAUCUGUGUCCUUGAUGCGGCAGGCUGUGGCUUCCGUUCGUACGUCUUCCAUAUUAUGAUACAUCUUUGGAGGUUGUUUCCGGCUCCGCCUGUCCGGACACCUUCCUGUCCUCAGCCCAGGUCCCUCCCUCGGGACAGUACUCCGAUAAUAGUGAGGCUGGAGGAGGAUGGACUUGCAAAAUAUUCCCGACGAUCUGCCAACAAAAAUUAA